AAGUAAGCACUGAGCGGGCGGACUGUGUAUAACUGGAAGGCGAAUAGGAAGAAAAUUACUCUACUCCUUCUCUUUUGUUUACUGUCACUGCUAGCCUCCGUUUUUCUCAAUGGCUGAGGUGACGUGUGACAAGUGUGACAAGUAUUAUGUGGACCCUCGCAUGCUGCCAUGUCUCCAUUCCUUCUGUCUCGAGUGUCUGGAGAAGGAACUGGAGACUCAGGAGACCCAGAGCAGUCUCCACUGCCCCAGCUGCAAGGAAAAGGUAACUCUAUCCGAGAACGGAGUAUUUGAUAUCCCUCGAGACCUACAUAAAGCUAACGGGGCCAAUAUUGCACGCAUUCACGAGAAAGUGAAAGACGCAGAUGAAUAUUGCGAUAAUUGCGGGAGAACUGAUAGCACAGGGAAGGCGGUCGCAUACUGCAUCGAAUGUGAAGGUUACUUGUGCAAAUUUUGUGAAGGAAAACAUGGUACGAGAAGAAUAUCAGCUGACCACAGCUCGAUUACCAUUGGUGAUAUAGCUGCCAAAGCAUACACACCCACCUCAAUGGGCAAGUUUUAUCAACCACAAAUGCUCUGCCAACAGCAUAAAGCUCACCCUCUUGACACCUACUGCCAAAAAUGCCAGAAAGUAAUCUGCAUGGCUUGCAUGAACUUUGACCAUGACAAGCAUCGCGAAGAGUGCAAACACAUCGAGAGAGUAGCAAAGGAAGAAAUUGAAAGCCUUCAAGCUUAUCAAGGGGACAUAGAAACAGCAGUAGCUUCACUAGAUACAGCUAUAGCCAAGUGUAAGGAGACCAUGGAGGAG